AUGAUCUCGCAGAAGCUAUCGUACGGCGACGUACCGACGUCCGCGUCGCUGUCCUCACUAUCACCGGGCCUCGCGCCACCAUACGUGAACGGCAUGGGCUGCAUGCCCGCUCAGCCUUAUCCGAAUAUAUACUCCAACAACAUGGUCGCCGGCGGCUCGUGCAUGGGCUCUCCAGGCGUGGGCUACUCUCCGCCCAGCACCAUGGCCUCCUGUAUGGGCGGCGGCGGCGCCGUGCCAUACGGCGCGCUCCCACGAGAACAGGAGGCCGCCUCUCCGACAUCCGCUCUUCAACGUGCGCGCAACGACAAAACUUACCGCCGCUCCUACACGCACGCAAAGCCGCCGUAUUCGUAUAUUUCCCUGAUAACGAUGGCCAUUCCAGAACAAUCCGUCGCGCAUGCUCACACUCUCGGAGAUCUACCAAUUCAUCAUGGACCUAUUCCCGUUCUACAGACAGAAUCAGCAGCGUUGGCAGAACUCAAUAAGGCACUCGUUAUCAUUCAACGAUUGCUUCGUGAAAGUGCCGCGCACACCCGACAAGCCAGGCAAAGGCAGAAACGAUUCAAAGACGAGAAGAAAGAGUCGAUACGGCAAGCGCAGAAGGCGGCUCAUACACACGGGCAUCACAGUUCAGGUCAUGAAAAGAGAGGUGAGCAUGGACAUGAGAAAACAGCGGGUGCGGGCGCUAGUGAGGACAAAGAGAUGCGAGAUGAUUUAUUAGCUCAACUGCACGCGGCACCUGAACUGUGCUUGCCUGAACACACGCCGCUAGCGCUUGAGCAUUACGCGCAAUUGAAACAGGAGCCAACAGGCUACGCGCCCGCUCCCCAUCCCUUCAGCAUUACACGGCUACUCCCUGGUGCAGAUACAAAGACAGACCUCAAGAUGUAUGACGUGAACUACGGCUACGGGCACGCGCCAGCGGACAACUACUACCAGUCGCCACUGUACCACCAUCACGCCCACGCGCACUCGCAGCCGCCCUUGUGA